AUGCUACCGGUCACGCGGUCGAUUGAUCGACAAUGGAAGAAAUCGCAAUUACGAUUUAUCAAAAGAGCUUUUUUUUCAGAUAAUGUCCAUGAUCCUUCUGUAAUGCUGAGAGAAGUGAUGAGGAAUGUUGCUCAACCAGUGGCAAUAGCAGUAACGUCUAUACCGCCCACGUCAUCUUUAUACGGUAAAGCACCAUAUCACGGAGCGACUUUAACUUCAUUCACAUCAUUAACACUACAUCCACAUCCACUAGUUGCUUUUUCAUUACGAUUACCAUCUAGGAUGGCCGAUUGUUUAAGGCCGUGGAGGACACAUAAUGAUCAUCAAGCUGCGAGUCUACACGGAAAUCGAAAUCAUCGUUAUAGGGAAAACACAUGGAAUGAAGAAGAGUUCUUAUAUCCAAAUCAAAGUAAUUCAGGUAUGAAAUUACCACCAAAAUCUGAAUUACCAUGGCCUUUAUCAAAAUUACCUAUGCCUGAACAACCUCCCGAAUGGGCUCAAAGUCUAUUCUCACGGAUACCCAAUUCUCUAAUUUCACAAGAUGCCAUCCCCUCCUUCUCCUCAUCGUCAUCGUCAGACAAUCCUCUGAAAUCGCAUUCAUCCAAUGCAGUGUCUUUACCUCGUGACCCCUCAUCUUCCGUUGAAACGACAACUCCAGUGAUCCAGCCUCAUCCAACACCAUUGACGAUCUCACUCCUGUCUAAAUCCAAUGAAGGAAUAGCAGAUUCACUUUCACUUCCUCAAACGGAUCAUUCAUCCAUUUUUUCCUUUCCUGAAACAUGGUCAGAACACAUGACUCAUCCACCAAGCUUGGUAGGCUCAUUAGGUUCAUUACAAUGUGAAGUAGUCGGCAGUGUCCUUCUCAAAGAUUUAUGUGGUUCAGCAGAAGGUACAGGAGAAGGAGAAGGAAGUGAAAUGUUCAUUUGCAGAGUCAUAGGUGUAGAUAUGCCAUCGGAGCAGGAAUCGAAAGAUAGAGAGCCGUUAUUACAUUGGAGAAGGAAAUAUGUCGGUAUCAAAGAAGGGUCAUAA